AUGGCGAAGGCUUGCGACCACUGGGACUUGAAUAAAGAGAAAGAGAGCGGUACUGCAAGUGCUAGUCCGACAUGCAUCAGAUGUAAUCAUAUGAAAAUUGGCUCCACUGCUCGUCGCACUAAGCGCGUGAGACACCUCUCUUCUGCCGAAGUCUUUCCGCAUGGGAAUUUGCGGGUUUCCACCAUGGUGUCGCGACAUCGUGCCCAGUCCAAGGAAAGCGAGAGCCAUGUCUCAUCCUCCUCGUCUAGUCUACGCUCAUAUUCAAGCUCACCUCCCGGAAAUAACGAAGCUUGGACGCCGGAAAGUACCGAGGUCAUGAUAUUAUCACCAGAGAAAUUACUCGCCGCCCCCACCGACUUCCAAACGACAUCAGAUGCAUUGCGCACCGUUAUGAAUCUGGAACAAUUCUCCGCCAUACAUUCACCAUUCGCAUUUGGAGAUAGUUUCUUCCCAACAUCCCAAAAGACCAUUUAUGUUAUUUUGCAACUAUCCGCCCCGAUCCUGACCGAAGGAUACCUGGCCUUUCUAGGCCUGAUGACAAAUUACCAAAAGUCCCCUGUUAUACGCCGAAGCGAGCCCGAUAUACUCAAGGCUGCGAAAGGACUGCAAUGUCUGAGAAGUGUGAAAAUCUCACACGACUACGACGCAGCCUGCGCUCUCUUCCUGGGCCAGACUAUGUACGUGUUCAACGUACUCACGACACCACACUCCAGCACAGCCCACGCUAUCGUUCGGAGCGCCCUCAUCUCAGCCAAACCAUGGCUUCCCAGAUUGGUGCAAGCCCCUAUCAUGGACACAAUAACCAUGACGCCGAUUCUAGUCGACACCGUCGAGUGUCUGGUGCACCGUGAGAUCCCUAUAAUACGACUCGAUCCUCAGCCUCGCGUCCUCGUCGAUCGCUAUCUUGGUCUCUGUGCCACACUUCUCCCUCAUCUCUACGAUAUCUGCGUGUGCAGCAAUACCUUGAAGAGGGAAGGUCCUGCUGUCGGAUCUGAAUUACACUCAGUUAUGCACGACCAACUGGAUGAAAUAGAAGAGAAGAUCCGACGCUGGCGACCUCAAACCCCUUCCGGACUAUUCGAUAGUUACGGCCAGCAUGCAGUUCUUGCAAUGGUGACACACGCAAAUGUGUAUCGUCUAGCUGCGUUAUUGAUCCUCCACCGGCUGCGAUAUCCGCUCGGAAUUGAGGACGGCGCAGCAUGGAAACUUGCAAAUGGGAUAUUUUCUGAAUUGUCGUUCUUUGCCAAAUCGGCUCUCAAUGGUAAUGAAGUUACUGCGUUCCCAGUGGUGUUUCCUUUGGCGAUGGCCAUGUUUGAGAUACAUGGACCCGGAGAAGAUUUGGUAGAACGCUUGGCGUCGUUUACAAUCCAAGGUGUGUGUUUAGCUCGGCUUCAAGAGUUUGUGAAGUUGGCUAGGGCGACGAGGGAGUCGGGAUAUGAGGGCAUUUGGUUUGAUUUGGUUGAUACGAAUCUUCGUGUUGCGGUGCCACCAUAA